AUGCUAUUGAAUAAAGGACGAGAUAUUCUGGCUAAAAACAGUAAGAGUGAUAACAGAACUCUUCAAAGAGACCUUGAUAAAAUUAAUCAAAACUGGGAGAAACUACGUAAAGAAACAGUGGAUAGGCACACUAGACUUCAAACUUGCAAAGAGCAUUGUCGCAAGUAUUAUAAAGCUUUGGAAACGUUCCUUCCAUGGUUAAGACAAGCUGAAGAUAAAUUGGAUACAUUAAGACCUUCUUCAUUCCAAAAGAAACACAUUGAAAAACAAUUAAAAGAACUGCAAGCAUUCCGUAAUGAAGUUUGGAAGAAAUCUGGUGAUUACGAAAAUACCAGAUCACUCGGUGAUACAUUCCUUGCAGCUUGUGAUAUUGACAAAGACGAUGUUAAGAAUGAAUUGGGUGAUCUGAAGGAUAGAUGGGAUAGGCUGAAUAAUGACUUAAUUGCUAAAACACAAGCUUUGGAAGAUCAAGCCAGAAAGCUAGCAAACUUCGGUGAAAAUGUUCGAGAUUUACAACAUGGCUUGGAACGAUGUGAAGAUAAAUUAACUUCACAUGAUGCUUUGGGAGGUGCUGCUAAAGAUCCUAAACUCCUAGACCGCAUUAAGGCACUCCGAGAAGAAACCAUCAAGCUGAAAAAACCAUUACAAGGUGUUCGUCAACAAGCUAACGAUUUGUGCAAUGAAGCAUCACAACAUCAUAUUGAUGCUGAUCAUCUUAAAGAUGAAGUCGAUGGCAUAGGUGACCGAAUAGAUGAUUUAUGUAGUAAGUUAGAUGACCGUUGCUCAGAUUUGCAAUCAGCUGCUACGGCCGUAACACAGUUUAACGAUGAAGUGAAAGAAAUAUCUCAAGAUUUAUCUGCUUUAGAAACCGAACUAGACGAUAUGAAAGCUCCUGGUAGAGAAGUUAAGGUUGUUAGAGGACAAAUAGAUGAUAUAAACAAAUUCCUCACGAAGGUUAAUAAAGCAAGCGACAAUCUUAAGCAUGCCAUUAAUUCUGGUGAACGAUUGGUGGAUAGUGGAUUUGCUCCUGAUACUGUACUUACUAGACAACAGUUGGAUACUUUAAAGAAACAAUUAGGAAAACUAGAUGACCGAGCUCAUAGCAGAGAAAAAGAUCUAGAAAACACACUUAAAAAACUGGAAGGUUUCUAUAUAUCCCACGCAAGUGUUUUAGACGAUAUUCAAGACGCCUCAGGCGAAUUGCGUAAACUUAAGCCAGUAGGUUCCGAAGUCGAUAGCAUUAGAGCUCAACAGAAAGAUUUCAAGAAAUUCAGAGCUAAUACCAUUGAACCUUUGGGUAAGAAUAUUGAAGAAGUUAAUAGGUUAGGACAAGGCCUGAUUCAAUCUGCUUCACCUGGUGUCAAUACUGCUAUUCUCGAAAAAGAUUUAGAAAGAAUGAAUGCUUUAUGGAAUGAUCUAAAAGAAAAGAUUAACGACAGGGAAAGGAAACUUGACAUUGGUUUAUUACAAUCUGGUAAAUUCCAAGAAGCUUUGGAUGGUUUAUCUAAAUGGUUAACAGAUACUGAAGAGAUGGUAGCUAAUCAAAAACCACCAUCUGCCGACUAUAAAGUCGUUAAAGCACAAUUGCAAGAGCAGAAAUUCCUUAAAAAGAUGCUUCUUGACCGACAGAACUCCAUGACAUCAUUGUUUAAUAUGGGUAAUGAAAUCGCCAAAGAAGCUGAACCAUCCGAACGCAAAGCUAUCGAAAAACAGCUUAAAGAUCUUAUUGCUCGCUUCGAUGCGUUGACUGAAGGAGCCCAACAGCGUACCAUGGAUUUGGAACAAGCUAUGAGAGUAGCUAAAGAAUUCCAAGAUAAACUUAUACCUCUACAAGAUUGGUUAGAUCGUACCGAAAAGAAAGUCAAAGAUAUGGAACUGGUCCCUACUGACGAAGAAAAGAUAGAGCAAAGAAUUCGUGAACAUGAUGUUCUGCACAACGAUAUUCUUGGCAAGAAAGUUGAUUUUAAAGAACUUACAGAAAUUGCUUCCAAUUUGAUGUCUCUUGUUGGAGAAGAUGAAGCUUCUGGAUUAGCUGAUAAAUUACAAGAGGUCACCGAUCGGUACGGAAACUUGGUGGAAGCCAGUGAACACAUUGGACAACUUUUAACAGCCUCAAGACAAGGUCUUAGACAUCUUGUCCUCACUUACCAAGAUUUAGCUGUAUGGAUGGAUCAAAUGGAACAACGAUUAGCUCGCUAUAAAGUUCUUGCCGUUCACAACGACAAACUUUUAGAACAAAUGGACGCUUUAACAGAUCUUUCUGAAAAUAUUGCCAGUCGUCAAAAUGAUAUUGAUGGUACAGUUGAUGCGGGAGUAGAAUUAAUGAGACACAUUUCCUCUGAUGAAGCCUUAGAACUUAAAGAUAAAUUGGACUCUUUGCAACGUAGAUACAAUGAUUUAACAACCAAGGCAGCAGAUCUUUUGAAACAUGCCGAAACAAUGCUACCACUGGUACAGAAGUUCCAUACCAACCACAACCGUUUAGUUGACUGGAUGCAAGGUGCUGAGAACAUUUUACAAUCGGCUGAACCACAUGAAGGAGACAUUGCACGUCUAGAAAUAGACUUACAGGAACUAAGACCAGUCCUAGAAACUAUUAAUGUACUAGGCCCACAGUUAUGCCAAGCUAGUCCUGGAGAAGGUGCUUCUACAAUUGAGGGACUUGUUACUAGAGACAAUAGAAGAUUUGAUGCCAUCGCUGAACAAAUUCAAAGAAGAGCAGAGAGAAUCCAACUUGGAAAACAAAGGGCUUUGGAAGUUACCGGUGACAUAGAUGAGCUCCUAGAAUGGUUUAGGGAAGUGGAAGGACAGCUAAGAGAUGCCGAGAAACCAUCUGGAGAACCCGAUUUGAUCAGAAUUCAACUUAAAGAACAUAAAGCGCUUAACGAUGAUAUUUCUAGCCAGAAGAGUAGAGUACGAGAUGUCUUGUCAUCUGCUAAGAAAGUUCUACGUGAAAGUCCACCAAGCGAAGACACUAGCCUAAUUAGAGAAAAGAUGGAAGAUUUAAGAGAAGUUAUGGAUGUUGUGUCUGGAUUAAGCUCUGAUAGAUUGGGAAUUUUAGAACAAGCAUUGCCACUAGCUGAACACUUCCACGAUACACACAAUGUACUUAUAUCUUGGUUGAAUGAUAUGGAAGAACAGGUUUCUAUGUUAACAAUGCCUGCUUUAAGACCAGAUCUAAUAGCUCAACAACAAGAUCGUAACGAAAUGUUCUUACAAUCCAUAAACGAACACAAACCACUCAUCGAUAAACUAAACAAAACCGGAGAAGCUCUUAUUAGCUUGUGUAACGAAGAUGAUGGUAGUAAAGUACAGGAGUUGCUUGAUUCUGAUAAUGCUAGAUACGGCGCUCUUAAACUAGAACUCAGAGAACGCCAACAAGCUUUGGAACAAGCUUUACAGGAAAGCUCCAAAUUUUCUGAUAAACUUGAAGGAAUGCUCCGCGCUCUGUCUAACACAGCAGAUCAAGUCAAUCAUUUAGAACCUAUAUCUGCACAUGUGCCUAAAAUUAAAGACCAAAUUGAGGACAACGAUAAUUUAGUUGCCGAUUUAGAUAAAAGGAAAGAAGCUUAUGCAGCUGUCAAACGCGCUGCUGAUGACGUUAUCAGUAAGGCAGGAAAUAGGGCUGACCCAGCCAUUAGGGAGAUAAAGGCCAAGCUAGAGAGAUUAAAGAGUUUGUGGGAUGAUGUACAAAAAGCGACACAAACUAGAGGGAAAUCACUCGACCAUGCUUUGGAGGCAGCUAAGAAGUUCUGGAAAGAAUUACAUGCCAUUAUGGCAACACUUAAAGACCUUGAAGAUUCUCUAGUAUGCCAAGAACCUCCUGCCGUUGAACCUAAGGCUAUUCAAGAGCAACAGGUUGCGUUACAAGAGAUCAGACAGGAGAUCGAUCAGACCAAACCCAACGUUGACAGAGUAAGAAGUUCUGGGGAGAAAUUGAUGAAAUUGUGUGGUGAACCUGAUAAACCGGAUGUAAAGAAACAUAUUGAAGACUUGGAUCAUGCUUGGGAUAAUAUCACUGCUCUGUAUGCCAAACGUGAAGAAAACCUUAUUGAUGCCAUGGAAAAAGCUAUGGAAUUCCAUGAAACAUUACAGAACCUUCUUGCAUUCUUAACCCAAGCUGAAGGCAAAUUCGAAAAACUAGGUCCACUCGGAACAGAUAUUGAUGCCGUCAAAAAACAAAUCGAUCAAUUAAAGAAAUUCAAAGCUGAGGUUGAUCCUCAUAUGGUCAAAGUUGAAGCUUUAAACAGGAGUCUCGUAAGGCAAGCUCAAGAACUCACAGAACGUACAUCAUCAGAUCAAGCAGCCUCGAUCAAAGAACCACUUUCAGCCGUCAACAGAAGGUGGGAUGAUCUUCUUAGAGGAAUCGUUGAAAGGCAAAGGCAGCUUGAAAAUGCCUUGUUGCGUUUGGGUCAAUUCCAACACGCUCUUAACGAACUUCUCGUGUGGAUAUCCAAGACUGAUGCUACAUUAGAUGAGUUAAAACCCGUUGCGGGAGAUCCACUAGUACUGGAAAUCGAAUUGGCUAAGUUGAAGGUUUUGGUUAAUGACAUACAAGCGCAUCAAACUAGUGUCGAUACUCUUAAUGAUGCCGGUAGACAAAUAAUUGAAAGUGGUGAAUCUGAUGAAGCAAGUGUUACCCAAGAAAAACUCAAUACAUUGAAUACUCAGUGGCGUUCCCUAAUGCAGAAAGCAGCCGAUAGGCAAAGGGAGCUUGAAGAUGCGCUUACAGAUGCCCAGAGAUUUAAUGCAGAGAUUCAAGAUCUUCUGUCUUGGUUAGGAGAUGUCGACGGAAUCAUCACCGCCAGUAAACCAGUUGGAGGGUUACCUGAAACUGCAUCAGAGCAACUGGAAAGGUUCAUGGAAAUAUAUAACGAAAUAGAGGAUAACAGACCUAAAGUUGAGACAGUGUUAGCGCAAGGUCAAGAAUAUUUGAAGAAAGCUACUUCACCUGCUUCUAACUUACAACAGAAUUUGCGUACAUUAAAGCAACGAUGGGAUAGUGUCACUGCCAGAGCUAACGAUAAGAAGAUUAAAUUAGAAAUUGCUCUUAAAGAAGCUACAGAGUUCCACGAAUCACUACAAGCAUUCGUUGAUUGGCUAACUAAUGCGGAGAAACACCUUCAAAAUGUGAAGCCCGUCUCUAGGGUUUUGGAAACUAUUCAGAAUCAAAUAGAAGAACACAAAGUUUUCCAAAAAGAUGUUAGUGCUCAUAGAGAAAUAAUGCUUGCUUUAGAUAAAAAGGGAACACAUCUCAAGUAUUUCAGUCAAAAACAAGAUGUUAUACUAAUUAAAAAUUUACUUAUCAGCGUACAGCACAGAUGGGAAAGAGUAGCUUCCAAAUCAACUGAAAGAACCAGAGCACUUGACUUGGGUUACAAAGAAGCCAAAGAGUUCCACGACUCUUGGACUUCCCUCAUGCAUUGGUUAGAUGAAACUGAAGAAUCUCUAGAUGAACUUCAGUCUGAAGCCAUCAGCAACGAUCCCAGUAAGAUUAAGCAACGUCUAGCUAAACAUCAAGAACUGCAAAAAGCUCUAUCUGGCAAACAGGGCACGUAUGAUAAUGUAAUGAAGACUGGUAAGCAGCUUAAAGACAAAGCUCCCAAACCUGACGAACCUACUCUUAAACAUAUGCUCUCAGAACUGAAGAGCAAAUGGAAUUCAGUUUGUCAUAAGAGUGUUGACAGGCAACGCAAACUUGAAGAAGCUCUCUUAUAUUCAGGGCAGUUCAAAGACGCCAUAGCAGCGUUAGUCCAAUGGCUACAAAAAGCUGAAAAAGACCUUUCAAAAGACAGUCCUGUUCAUGGUGAUCUGGAUACAGUUAACCAUUUAGUAGAUGCGCACAAAGUUUUUGAAAAAGAAUUAGAAAAACGUAACGACCAAAUGGAAUCAGUAAUUAAAAAUGGUCAAGAGUUAGAAAGAACUGCGUCCAAAACUGAUGCUAUCCAGAUUAGAGCCCAAUUAAAUGAACUGACUGAACUUUGGGAAACGGUAACGGACUUAACAAGAAUCAGAGCAGAUAAAUUAAGAGACGCGCUGAAAGAAGCCGAAAAACUUCAUAGAUCCGUUAACAUGAUCCUCGACUGGUUGUCCGAAGCUGAAAUGAAAUUGAGAUUUGUUGGUAACCAACCCGAAGAUGAAGCAACUGCCUACGAACAAGUUAAAGCUUUGGAUCAAUUCAGAGCUCAACUAAAUGAAAAAGAAAUCGAAAAAGAUCAAACUCUUGAAUUAGCCCACAGCAUUCUUGCAAAGGCCCAUUCAGAUUCCAUCAACGUUAUCAAAAAUUGGAUUAAAGUUAUUCAAACCAGAUGGGACGAGGUGUCACAGUGGGCCCUUCAGCGUCACCAGAAACUGUCACAGCACUUACAGUCGCUCAGAGAUAUGGACGAUACUUUGGAAGAACUUAUCCAAUGGCUCAUGGGACUUGAAAACACUCUUAUUGCUCUAAAGCGCGAAGAAUUGCCUAUGGACAUUCCAGCCACAGAACAACUUAUUGCGGACCACAAAGAAUUUAUGGAGAAUACGCAAAAGAGGCAAGCAGAAGUCGAUAGGGUUUGUAAAGCCAAACAGGUUAAGCCUGUAGCUGGCGUUAAAGAUCCUAAGAAAUUCGUCAAAGGCAAAGGACAGAUUCGCGUCAGCCUGUCUGGACGGGAUCUUCUUAGCCCGGAUCCGAACUUACCACACAUCGGUCCAAGGUUUCCACCUGCAGGAAGCGAACCAGAAUUCCGGUCACCAAGAGUUAAAUUCUUAUACGACAAAUGGCGCCACGUAUGGAUGCUGUCAUGGGAAAGGCAAAGAGAAUUGUACGAUCAUCUGGCUUAUCUGAAGGAAAAGGAAAAAGCCGACAACUUCUCUUGGGACGAUUGGAGAAAACGCUUCUUGAAAUUCAUGAAUUACAAGAAGUCCAGGUUGACAGAUCUCUUUAGGAAGAUGGAUAAAGAUAAUAACGAAUUGAUUCCCAGAGAUGACUUUAUUGAAGGAAUUAUUAAGACCAAAUUCGACACCUCUCGCCUUGAAAUGAAACACGUAGCUGACAUGUUCGACGAGAAUAACCGAGGAUUGAUCGAUUGGAAGAAGUUCAUAGCAGCUCUCAGACCUGAUUGGGAAGAAAAGGCACCUGACAAUGAUGCCCAAAAGAUCCAUGACGAAGUCAAGCGAUUGGUUAUGUUAUGUACUUGCCGACAGAAAUUCAGAGUUUUCCAAGUAGGAGAGGGAAAAUACAGGUUUGGAGAAAGUCAGAAACUACGUCUAGUCCGUAUUCUCCGAAGUACUGUGAUGGUACGUGUAGGAGGUGGUUGGGUAGCUCUAGAUGAGUUCCUAUUGAAGAACGAUCCUUGCAGAGCCAAAGGACGCACAAAUAUAGAGCUGCGCGAGCAAUUCAUCUUAGCUGACGGGGUUUCGCAAACUAUGACGGCGUUCAAGCCCAAAACGUCGGCGUCUAGUCCCACGUCUGGUUCUUCGGCAUCUUCACUACGCACACCUCAGGGCCCCAUUACGAAGGUCAGAGAACGUUCCCAGCGAUCAGUGCCCAUGGGCAGCCUACCAAGAACAUCGAAAUCGUCUCUCUCAGCAGGAACCCCAGACUCUCUCUCAGAUAACGAAAGUUCUACAUUCCGUACGCCCAGGAAGCCAUCCUACAGGUCGACGUUAACUCCAGGCGGUUCCAGAAGUAAUUCUAGGCCUCAAUCCAGGACUGGAAGCAGGCCGGGCAGCAAACCGCCGUCUAGGCAUGGAUCGAACCUCUCUUUGGAUAGCACAGAUGAUACUACUCCAUCGAGAAUACCGAGAAGAACACCAACAUCAGGAAGAAGCUCAGCUCUUUCGACGACUAAAAGCAUCAACGGUUCUGGCUCUAGGCCACGCACACCAAGCGGUUUGAUAUCUCCUGCUAGUCCCGUUGGAAGAUCGUCGGGGAUACCCAGAGCAUCGAGCAUACCCACUUUAACAGGAAUAUCCACGCCAAGGAGUGCAAGUUCAAGCAAAGUUAAACAAGUGACUAUUGGCGUUGCCCCUUCGCUAAGGACAGCCUCUAGGACCCGGACACCUUCAGGAUCCAACACGCCCGUACAUCCGGAUCAACAAACAGCAGUGUCAAAGUUACUAAAACGUUCCACGGGUGGCACAGAAACUCCCACUGGCCAAACUAGAAAGAAAAAGUCUUCUCUUUCCGAUCGGGAGCCUUUUAGGUUAUAA